AUGUAUACUGCCACCUCCCCCCGUCCACCCUCGAACUACAACACCGUCCAAGCCUACGCACCUACGCCCUACGGCGCCUUUCCGUCCUCGCACCCGCUGUCCGCACGCAUAUCCCUCGACGAAGAAGUGAAGCUAUCCUCUACACCGGCAGAGCGGGACCUGAUCGACUCCCUUGCCGAGAUUUACAGUAUCAUCCGCACGCUCGACGGACUCGAGAAAGCAUAUAUCAAAGACGCGCUCCCCGAAAGCGAGUAUGCAGAUCUUUGUAAUAAGCUGUUGAAGCAGUACCGGAGCAUUCUGCAAGAUGAGAGCGUGGCACGGGAGUUCGGAGACCUUGACGCCUUCUGCGAGAGGUGGGAGGUUGAAUGCCCGCGUGCGAAGGAGAGGUUACGAGUCGGGCUGAAUACUGUAGAUACCAUUACAGUCUCACAACAGUCAACCUCAGGCGCGGGGCUUGGGGGCACACCUGCGCCGAAAGCCAACCUCUCCGGCGCACUCAUCCUCACCGCGACCGAGAAUUUCAUAACGUUCCUCGACGCCUUGCGGCUAAACAUGACUUCCAAGACUUCGCUUCACCCUCUCCUGUCCGAUGUCAUACAGAGCGUAAACAAGGUCACAGAUCAGGACUUCGAACAUCGGGGGAAGAUCAUCCAAUGGUUGAUCACGCUGAAUCAGAUGAAGACAAGCGAGGAGCUUAGUGAGGAGCAAGCUAGGGAUUUGGCGUUCGACAUGGAGCAGGCAUACAACGGAUUCAAGGCAAUCAUACAGUGA